UUUCUGAGAACAGAAAGCCUGACUCAGGCAGGCAGCUGCUGCUCUUAAAACAGCUCGAGCCGGCAGCCUCCCCUGCUGGGGUGAGCGCCACCGCAGAGAUGAAGCUGUCGAACUGGUGCUGGCUGAGCUCCGCUGUCCUCGCGGCUUAUGGCUUUUUGGUCGUGGCCAACAAUGAGACGGAGGAAAUUAAAGAUGAAGCAGCCAAGGACGCCUGCCCGGUGAGACUAGAAAGCAGAGGGAAAUGCGAAGAGAUAGGCGGGUGUCCCUACCAGGUGAACCUGCCCCCCUUGACUCUUCAGCUCCCCAAGCAGUUUGGCAGGAUCGAGGAGGUGUUCAAAGAGGUCCAGAACCUCAAGGAAAUUGUGAACAGCCUGAAGAAGACUUGCCAAGACUGCAGACUGCAGGCUGACGACAACCGAGACCCAGGCAGGAAUGGACUGCUGUCACCGGGCACAGGAGCCCCGGGAGAAGCUGAUGACAGCAGAGUUAGAGAAUUGGAGAACGAGGUUAACAAGCUGUCCUCUGACCUGAAGAAUGCCAAGGAAGAGAUCGACGGGCUUCAGGGUCGCCUGGAGAAGCUGAGCCUUGUAAACAUGAACAACAUAGAAAAUUACGUUGAUAACAAGGUGGCAAACCUAACGUUUGCUGUCAAUAGUUUGGAUGGCAAAUGUUCAUCGCGGUGUCCCAGUCAAGAACAAAUACAGUCACGUCCGGUUCAACAUCUUAUAUAUAAAGAUUGCUCUGAAUACUACACAAUAGGCAAAAGGAGCAGUGAGAUCUACAGAGUUACACCGGAUCCCAAAAACAGUAGCUUUGAAGUUUACUGUGACAUGGAGACCAUGGGGGGAGGCUGGACAGUGCUGCAGGCACGUCUUGAUGGAAGCACCAACUUCACCAGAACAUGGCGAGACUACAAAGUUGGCUUUGGAAACCUCAGAAGAGAAUUUUGGUUGGGGAAUGAUAAAAUUCAUCUUCUGACCAAGAGUAAGGAUAUGAUUCUAAGAAUAGAUCUUGAAGACUUUAAUGGUAUCAAGCUCUAUGCCUUGUAUGAUCACUUUUAUGUGGCCAAUGAGUUUCUCAAAUACCGUCUACACAUUGGUAACUAUAACGGCACCGCUGGAGAUGCCUUGCGUUUCAGUAAACAUUACAACCAUGACAUGAAGUAUUUCACCACCCCAGAUAGAGACAACGAUCGAUAUCCCUCUGGGAACUGUGGGCUCUACUACAGCUCGGGUUGGUGGUUUGAUGCUUGUCUUUCUGCAAACUUAAAUGGCAAAUAUUAUAACCAAAAAUACAGAGGUGUUCGAAAUGGGAUUUUCUGGGGCACCUGGCCUGGUAUAAGUGAGGCACAACCUGGUGGCUACAGGUCCUCUUUCAAAGAAGCCAAAAUGAUGAUCAGACCCAAGUACUUUAAGCCGUAAAUCACUAAUGCUUAUUCCUCUGGGUAUUCAUUUCCUAAUAGGGCAAUUAAUUCUUUCAGCACUUUGGAAUGUGUUUCAUACUCCUCUUCAUGGCUUAAAACUUAUCUCUGAGCAGUGGGUUCUUAUGCUAUACAGGAUUUGAAAUAAAGCUGAAAAAUAUGCCUUGUAAA